GCUAAUUCUAGAAAAGAAGGUGACGAUUGUCUCUAAAUGUAUUUGGUUUAUGUGAUUGUUUGACCAUUUGUGAAAUGAAGUCUACUCGUGUAUUUGUGAACUCUUUGAGACUUCAGCCUGCUAAUAAACAAAGGAACAAAGAAACGUCACCAUCCAACUUGCUAGCCGCACCCAAACCAGAUCGACGACAAACGCUCGACUGCUGCUAUUGCCGCUGGCCUCUUUUCAUUGUGCGUGUAUGGAAAGAGUGAGACCAAAAAAAAAAGGUGGAGGACACUCCUUUAGGUGUUUGAGAUGUUCUGAAUCGUUUGGGCUGCAAAAAAGCAUGAUGUACAUUCAAGAGAGAUAAAUCAUUCGUGUGUGCGUGUGUUUGUGCGUGUUUUUUUUAUUUGUUGACGAAUUGAUUUGUUCUACCACCUCUACUGCAAUCGUUUAAUUUCUAAUUGUUCAUGUUUCUCUCAAAAAAGGGCUCCGUGCGCGCGCGUGCGCGUGCGUCUCAAUGCCCCCCACAGGUGUUUCCAAUCUCUGUUUAGACUUCCAGCCAAUCAAGGUGGCCGUGGAAGGUGCUUAAAUAGCAGGUGGGCAUGGGUGAGCAUUUUUACGCACGAGAACCAGCACCCACACCGGAACCAGAACCAGGACCAGCACCAGCACCAGCACCAAGGUACGCGCAACAAGAUGACGUCUGUGGGCCUGCAGCUGUUGGGCGCGUUCCUGGUGAUUGUGGGCUUCUUCGGUGCCAUCUUGACGUGCGCGCUUCCCAUGUGGCGCGUGUCCGCCUUCAUCGGCAGUAACAUCGUGACGGCGCAGGUGUUCUGGGAAGGUUUAUGGAUGAACUGUGUCAAGCAGAGCACCGGACAGAUGCAGUGCAAGGUCUACGACUCUAUGCUGGCGCUGCCCCGCGAUCUGCAAGCAGCGCGCGCCUUGGUGGUGAUCGCCAUCCUAGUGGUGGUCGUGGGACUUCUGCUGGUCGGCGUCGGCGGUAAAUGCACGAACUGCCUGGAGGAGCAAGCAGCCAAGACUCGUGUGGCGGCGGUGGCGGGUGUGCUGUGCGUGCUGGGCGGAGUCCUGCUGAUUAUCCCAGUCUCGUGGUCGGCGCACGUGGUGAUCCGCGACUUCUACAACCCGUUGCUGGGCGACGCGCAGAGGCGGGAGCUGGGCGCCUCGCUCUUCAUCGGCUGGGGAGCAGCCGGCUUGCUGUUCAUCGGGGGGUCGCUUUUCUUGGGCCAGUGCGCCUCCCGCCGGGACGCCAGAUACUCCGUUAAAUACUCUGCGCCCCGCUCUGCCCCCGGUGGGGGCGCUUACGUCUGACCCAUGCGUACGGACUCGUCUCUUGACUCUU